GACGAAUUAGGCAAGACCUUUUUCUUCCAGUUUCAAAUUUCAUUCCGGUAGCCCGAGACGAUCUGCCAAGAUGUCAGAAAACACCGAGUAAAUCUCCUCUUCUCUGGUCUCAAGCCAACAAGUUAUAAAGCCCUUAUACUCUUAUAAUUCCCUAUCAUCGAUUCAAUCACAUUCAAACUCAUCUUCUCAUUAUAGAGCUGUACAGCUUUCAAUCCUCAUUAUUCAAUCAAUAUGUCUAUUCCCGAGAUGCAAUGGGCUCAGGUGGCCGAGAAGAUCGGAGGGCCCCUAGUAUACAAGCAGAUUCCUGUCCCUCAGCCUGGGCCCGACGAGAUUCUGGUCAAGAUUCGCUACUCGGGUGUUUGUCACACCGAUUUGCAUGCGAUGAUGGGCCACUGGCCGAUCCCAGUUAAGAUGCCCCUCGUCGGAGGCCACGAAGGUGCUGGUGUAGUAGUGGCCAAAGGAUCCUUGGUCAAUGAGUUCCAGAUCGGCGAUCACGCCGGAAUCAAGUGGCUCAAUGGAUCUUGCACAGAGUGCGAGUUCUGCAGGCAAUCCGACGACCCUCUAUGUGCCGAUGCUAAACUUUCCGGAUAUACUGUGGAUGGCACCUUCCAGCAGUAUGCGGUCGGCAAGGCGACACAUGCUUCUAAGAUUCCCAAGGAUGUUCCACUUGACGCCAUUGCUCCAGUUUUGUGCGCCGGUAUUACUGUCUACAAGGGAUUGAAGGAAUCUGGGGUUCGCCCUGGUCAGACAGUCGCUAUUGUCGGAGCUGGUGGUGGUCUCGGAUCUCUUGCUCAGCAAUACGCUAAGGCUAUGGGAGUGCGGGUUGUCGCCGUUGAUGGGGGCGACGAGAAGAGAGCGAUGUGCGAGCAAUUGGGCGCUGAGGCCUACGUUGACUUCCUAAGUUCCAAGGAUCUAGUAGCCGACGUGAAAGCCGCCACUCCUGGUGGCCUUGGAGCUCAUGCUGUUAUCUUGUUGGCAGUCUCAGAGAAGCCUUUCCAACAGGCUACCGAGUAUGUUCGCUCUCGAGGAACGAUCAUUGCUAUCGGUCUGCCCCCAGAUGCAUACCUCAAGGCCCCGGUCCUCAACACGGUGGUCCGCAUGAUCAACAUCAAGGGUAGCUACGUUGGAAACCGACAGGACGGUGUGGAAGCUAUCGACUUCUUUGCACGGGGCUUGAUCAAAGCACCAUUCAAGUUGGCGCCACUGAAGGAUCUGCCUAAGAUCUUUGAAUUGAUGGAGCAAGGCAAGAUUGCAGGCCGCUAUGUACUCGAGCUGCCGGAGUAGGGGAAUGAAUGGUGAUCAGGGGUAUAGUCCCGGCAGGAGUUGAGUACCUGUAGAGUGUCGUAUUGAAAUUCGAAGCUUGACCUAAGUUUGAAUACAAAUUGGAAGUUUUUCAAAUAUAUGGACUACCCCUAGACUAUGAGGCUUUGUGAUACUGCGCCAUUUGUGGUUGAGAUCCAUAUUCGUGCAGCUCUGUACCAAAUUGGAGAUAAUUGAG